AUGCGAAACGUGUGCAAGUCGGCUUUUGCCGAGAUAUUCGAUCUCAAACUAAGAACAAUUCAGGAGCAUCUGAACGAAAAUGGGCCCGUUCCAAGAGUGCAGGGAAACACCGGGAGAAAGCCCCACAAUGCAAUUAAAUAUGACGAUGUUAAGUUUGUGGUUAACUUCCUUCUUAAAACUGUAGAAACAGAUGGUCUCCCUCAGCCUGCGGCACCGAGGGGCAGCGAUGGUGAGGCGCCUAUCUAUUUACCAUCGGACAACACAAAAAUUGGCCUUCAUAAAAAAUAUCAGGAAGAGGCCGAUAAAGCCGGUACAAGAAAAUUGGGCAUCACCAGCUUCGAAGACAUAUGGAGGCAAUGUAUACCACGCAUAAGGUUAAGUGGUCCUCGUGACGAUGUUUGCCAAACGUGCGAACUACUACGGAAUAAAAUAGUUGACGCCGUCCUAGAACAGGACAAGUUGGAUGCAUCAUCUGCGUUCCUAGAGCAUGUGGAGGUCGCACGUAGGGAAAGAGAGGUGUACAGGGAGACACUAAAAGAAGCCGCAGACGAAAUGUCCUCGCACGUCCGGGUCAUUGGUCCAGUUCCGGUGCUCAGCUGUCCGGAGCUAGUGCAUGUGCACUACACUUUUGACUAUAGACAAAAUGUUACAAUACCACACCAAAGUCGUCAAAUGGGACCAUUGUAUUUCAUCACUGGUCGAAAAGUGCACAUAUUUGGGGUUAGAAUCGACAGCACAGGAAAACAGUUCAACUAUCUCAUUGACGAAGACCAGUCGAUUGGGCCGGACGUAACAGGAACGCAUGGACCGAAUUCAGUUAUAAACAUGCUGCACGACUGUCUGCAACAGCACGGUUUUGAUGAGAGUCGCUGUGUCAUCCACGCAGAUAAUUGUGGAGGACAAAAUAAGAACCGGUACGUACUGGCAUACCUGAGUUGGAGGAUUCAGAUGGGGCUGCACGAGGAAAUACUGCUACUCAUGCAAAUACCAGGUCAUACAAGGUGCCUGGUAGAUAGCGGGUUUGCCAACAUAAAAAAACUAUUCCGACGGUGCGAUGUGGAAAGCCUUGCGCAGCUAGCGGAGGUAGUCGACAAAUCUUCAAAAAGCAACGUUCCCGUGCUGUACAAGAAGACAGACGGCUCUGAGAACUGGGCUUGGUUAGAGUGGAAGUCAUACCUACAGCUCGAUUUUUUGCCGGUUCGAGGUAUUCAAAAAUAUCAAUCGUUCCGUUUCUGCAAGGUCGACUCUUCCACAGUUUAUGUAAAACGGACAUCCGGGGAACCAGAAGCAAGGGUGCAGCUCAUGAAACGGGCCGCUGUCCUUCCUCAGGGAAUGCCAAACACAGUAACGCCGGCCGGUCUUACUGCAGAAAGACGAUGUUACCUAAGGAUGCACGUACGCCAGUAUGUGCGUCCAGCGUGCAGUGAUUCAACGUGUCCUGAAGAAUAG